AUGGAACCCGAGCGUCGGCGUAGACGCCCUGCUGUCUCGUGCGUUCUUUGUCGGAGACGCAAAAUCAAAUGUAAUCGGGAAAGUCCGUGCAAUAAUUGCGUCAAGUCCGGCCGCAAUGAAUGUGUGUACGAAAAUCCACCGCCGCCGGCCCCACGACAGCCACGCAGCGAUCGGAUGAGUGAGGCUGGGACAGACUCACAGCUGUCUCUGUCAUCGACCAAUAGUAUCCAGUCUGUGGUGCAAAGUCAUGGCUCUGACCCUGCGAGUCGUGGUCCCACCCCAGCGACUACGACUACCGGCUCCUCAUCGUCGCCAUCAGCCGCCUGGGACAUUGAGACGCUCAAGAAUAGAGUGAGGCAGUUGGAAGGGCAGCUAUCGCAGACCAGCUUGACGCCAACACAGAGAGCUGCCACGCCCGUUCCUGUAAAUAUUGAAACCAACACUACUUCCCUUGGCGGGACAUUUCACAUUCACCGCGACAAUGCCUCGAACCCCGUUGUUCGUGGCGUCACACACAAAUCGAGAAAGUUUGGUCAGAGCCACUGGGUCAACAUCGUGGGCAUCACACUGUUUAAAGACUUGAUUGUCUCCAUUGAGCCGCUUCUUCGAGACCCGUCGUGCCCCUUCAUGACAAACCACCAAAGAGGCAAGGCCCUAGCCAGGACCAUAAAGGCCCAACGUACUCCACCGUGGCCAACAACCAUCACUUCACCAUUGCCCCCAAAGAAUGUCUCGGACGAAUUGGUCGACUGCUAUAUGCGCACUACGGAGACCGUCUACCGUGUUCUCCAUAUAUCAACCUUUAGAGGAGACUAUGACGCAAUCUGGGAGACGGACGUCCGUCCGGAUCCCGUGUUUCUUAUAGUAGUCAAGCUCAUGUUUGCAAUUGGCGCAGCGGUUUUUGACGAGCGGUUCACAUUGCGGGCGUCGGCAAUCCAGUGGGUGUACGAGGCCCAGACCUGGUUAGCCGAACCAAACAUCAAGCGCCGCCUCACUCUCCAAGGCUUACAGGUUCACAUACUACUCCUCCUCGCCCGCGAGGUUGUCGACGUGGGACACGACUCGGUCUACAUCUCAGCAGGUGAUCUGUUCCGCAGAGCCGUCAUCAUGGGGCUGCAUAGGGACCCGAAACACAUGCCUCACAAGUCAAUCCUCGUCUCGGAGAUGCGCCGGCGACUAUGGAACACCAUCUUGGAGGUGUGUGUGCAGUCUAGUCUGACGUCGGGCGGCCCGCCAUUUUUCGGCUGCAACGACUUUGACACGGAACCGCCGGGGAAUUUCGACGACGACCAACUGGGUACGGAAGACGCUCUGCCCAAGCCCGACGAUCAGUUCACCCAAGUCUCGCUCUCGCGAGCCCUGCGCAAGCUGUUCCCGGCCCGCAUCGCCAUUGUCAAGAGCCUCAACGAUCUUCACUCGACGGGCACCUACGAAGAAACGCUGAGGUUGGAUGACCAGCUGAGAUCAUUAUACAAGAACGUCGCCCGAACCCUGCAGCCGUUUCGUUCAAGUCUGGGUUGGACCUCGUCGCAAUUCGGGGCCCAGAUGAUUGACCACUUGGUUCAGCGUUACUUCUUGUCUCUUCACGUGCCCUUUUAUGGGCCGUCGCUCAAUGUAGCGCAGACAGCAUUUGCCUUUUCCAGAAAGGUUCUAAUCGAGGCUUCGCUCAAGAUCUGGUACAAUCUCUAUCCACAGCUUCUGAACCCAAACGGACCGUCUGCGACCGACGGAGAUCUGUUCUCGGGCAGUGACUUUGCGCGUGUAACGGCUGCGGGCGGCGGCGUCCCUCGCUUGGCCGCCAACCAAGCCGCCCUGCUCAUCGGCACCGAACUCGAGGCCCAGGUCAAGGAGCACGAAAGCCUCGGCGGGCCCAUAUCCAUUCGACCGGACCUCUUUGCCGUGCUGCAAAAGGCGGUGGAUUGGCAGCUCCACUGCAACAGAAUCGGAGAAACCAACAUCAAGGGCCACCUGAUCACAUAUAUGCUGGCGGCGCAGGUCAAUGCGCUCAUGCUUGGAACUGCAAAGGGAGAGACGGGUCCCCUUUUGGUGAAGGCGGCUAUCGAGGCGGAGGAACUGUCGAUUCCGCUGCUCGAGGCCAUUGCGAGUGAAAAGCAGGAUGAGCUGUCGACGGAUGCAUCAUACUCGGGUUCGCUGAGCACGCCCGCAAGUAUGGAUUGGGAUUUAAUGAUGACGGAUGCACUUUUGGACGCGGGUGGCGACAUGGACACAAUGGGUUGGCAAUUUAGCGACGACAACAUGAAAGGAGACACAUUUUGGUAG